CUAUCGAUUGAUUUGUGUGUGGUAAAAUUCUUCAUGUGAAGUUGUUGUUUGCUUGUUCGUCGUUCCCUAAAAUUAAUGUACAUUUUUUAAAUAUUUGUGGUUCAACAACAAUGGAUUUGUUGUAAAAAAGAUAUGUGUGUAGUCUUUACUUAUAAAUAGCCAUCGAAUUUAAUUUAUUACUUGGUGCAUCUACGAGGAUACGUUUAAAUUUGUAAAUAAUGGAUUGGAUUAUUUCGGAUGAGUUGGGUCUGACUGUGGGCCAUCUCGUGGGCUGGGGAGCGGCUGGUGCUAUGAUUAUUGGAGGUGUAGCGCCAUACAUUCCACAAUACAGGCAAAUAAGAAGGACACAGGAUGCUGAAGGCUUUUCCCUUUAUGUCUGUCUAGCUCUUCUUAUAGCCAAUACUCUUAGGAUAUUAUUUUGGUUUGGAAAGCGUUAUGAAUUACCACUAUUAAUACAAAGUAUUGUUAUGAACAUAACAAUGUUUGUCAUGAUUCACCUUUGUGUGACUGUCCGUAAAAAGAACCAAAUCAUAAGGGCUAGAGAAAGAAUAUUUACAGGUGCAAUAUUCAUGUUAUAUAUACUGUUGUGUUGUGUGAACGGAUCAGCCCAGCCCGACGAAACUGCACACUGGCUCGACCAACGCAGCGGCAUCGCAGGGCGGGAAAAACCUCGCCGCUUCUAUGAUAUGGACAGAAAGUAUUUCUGGGCAUGGACAGACUUCCAAAGCUACUUGGACUGCAUGCUCGUAUUCUCAGUAUUUGGUGCGGCGGUGACGUACCUACUGAUAGAGUUCUCGCCGUUCGUUGAGCUGAUCGGCUUCCUAGCCGUAUUCACGGAAGCCAUGCUCGGCGCGCCACAGAUUGCCAAAAAUCAUCAAAACAAAAGUACAGAAGGGAUGAGUGUUAGCAUGGUGAUAAUGUGGACUUGCGGUGAUGUUUUCAAGACUGCUUAUUUCGUUUUAAGAGAAGCCCCGACGCAGUUUUGGGUGUGUGGAGCGCUUCAAGUCUCUUUAGAUGUAGUAAUUCUCUUCCAAGUGUGGCUAUACCGCCACAACACGGCGGCGGCGCGGCGCGUGCGGCGCGGCGACUAGCAGUGGACCGAAACGGACUUAUAGCACUCGCGCCCGCGGGCCCACACGCCUUCGGUGCCCCUUUGCCUCCCACGCUGCUUAUGACCCAGUCUACCUACAUCUAGGUUGUGCUACUCGAACCGACUAUACUUUCGGUAUACAGAGUGUACUUUUCUAGUGUGCGUCGUUCCAAAUUUGAAGCUGGAAUUGUGGAAAAUGCUGAAAGGAGUCUCCUAGCCGAUUUUGGUGGAUACCAAAACGUUAUCAUCAGAUUUUCUGGAAAAGGAUUUUAAGAAAACCAAGUAAUGACAUUCGGCAAACUAAGGGAAUGUGACAAUUUUAAAAAUUUAAGGAUGCAGUUUUAAAUUCAAACAAAAUUGAUCCUAAAUCUCUUGCAGCUAUUCUAUAAAGUUUCGAAUUUGAAAAACGCUUCGUGAAAAUUCACCUCGUGUAAAAUUCACUACCUGCACAACAACUAACCAAAAUUAUUGUCUUUAGAUGAAUUUACAGUAGAACUGUUUUGAAAUGAUUUUACCUAUUUUUUAUUUGUAUCAAUUUCAUAGGUUCGCGGUGCUAUAGGUUUGUGCCUAAAAUUGAAUAUACCAACGACGUUUAGUCCUUUUAAAUAUUGGUUACCUGGAGUAUUGUUACUUGAAUUUAGACGUAAUUUAGGGCGAGUAGAGCAGCUUAGUGAAUAUCAACUGGCCAAAAUGCCGAGUGAUUUACUAGUCGUUGUUUAGAAGCUUUACAAAUCUUGUUACGGUCGACAUUUGUAGUUUAAACAAAUCUUUUAUUAAAACAACGAUUUUUAAAUUAGUCUAGUUUAGUUUUACAUUGAGUAAAUCUAAACUAUUCGGAAUUGAUAAUAAUUAUCUAGUUCAUAUAAUGUUUCUGUACAAUUCUACUGUAACUGGUAUGGUACAAUUUAUCGACAUUAUAUAAUGUUUUAUAGUAACUAAAGGGUGUAAAUAAAUUUAUAGUUACAUUAUUUUUAGCGAAAUCAUAUCUAUACGGGCUAUACAAGAGAACGGGUUCCUUAUUAUUCCCAUAUUAAAUGUUGCUGUAACUAUAGGUAUAAGAUUACGUAAUUUCCAAAGGCACUCGGUUCUUUUGUACAACCUGUAUAUGAAGAAUAUUAGGACUAUUGCUGCUGUAAAUAUUUAUUAACAUUAGUCUAAUAAGUUUGAGAGCAGAAGCAAUUGUUGACAACUUCCAAGAUUACUUCGGGUCUUGAAGCCUGUUUUUUAUUAUAAGACGUCAUCUAAUUAUAUCACAUUAUGUUCACCACAUUUAUAGUUGUAUAUUACUAAAUCUGAGAUUUAUAUAAAGCGUUUGGGCUUCCAUUUCCAAUGGGUUUUCGUGAUAGCUGAUUAGAUCAUUCCAAUAAUAUCAUUAAUUAUUAUUAAUUACGCCCUAAUGGCGCCCAAACUUAUAAAAACAGUUGAAAAUAACAUUAGUAUAGUUAGAAAGAAAGGAAUACCUUACAUAAAAAUCGUAUAGACGCCAAAAAAGUUACGUUCAACGUUGAAUGCACAACUAAAGCCAGUCUAUACCUACUUGGAAUCGAUGUUUAAUUGAAAAUAAUAAAUUAAACCAUCAUUUACAAUUAUUUUACUCUCUUAUAAUGUAUCCUUCAUAAUUUUCAAAUAGUUUUGAUAGGUAUCUAUUUGUGAUAUUUUUAAAAAUGCCUAAGCAAUAAGUUGUGUCACCUACAUGUACAAAUACUAAGAAUUCAAAUAACUUAGUACCUGUGUUGGGUUUAUUUAAAAGUACACUUUCUUUGUAUUAGAAUGAAAUGUUGAUAAAUAAAUAUUUUUAGUCAAAUAUUUUCUACUCCAUUAUAAUAAAAAUGGCAACCUAUCUUAAUUUUAUAAACAAAUAAUGAAUAGGUUGUAAUAGUCAAUAAUUUUAAUACAAAAAUAAAGUAGAUAAUUCUCCAUAGAUGUUGUUUGUAAAUUAAAUAAUGUGCAAUAACUGUGUGAUAACUUAUCGUGGUCAUACAAAUUCAUUAAUGCACACUGUUUCAUAUUUGUAUCUUGUGUUUAAGAAUAAUAAUAUUGAUAAAUUAUUGACGAUUAAAUGUGUGACAAUUUGUGUGUUGUACAUAAGUUUAUAGGUGAGAAUAAAUAGUGUAAUUUUUCUAGACAUUUCAAUUAUCCGUUAUGUAAUGAAAUAGAUUUUUUUUUAAAUUAGUCAAUAUUUUUAGCAUUUGUUCCAUGUUGAUUGUUGAUACUUAGCUAAAGUAUCGGUACGUUUUCCAAUAUUAAUUAAUUUAAAGUCUUCCUUUUUUGCAAUCCUCUAUGGAUUAAUAGACCAAUUUGAAAUUGAAAUGAGCUGUUUGUUUCGGGAGUUCGAAUUGAUCCACUAGGCAAUAUGUACAUUUCUACUCACAUCAGUAUUAUUAAAUGAUUGUAAUAAUAAAAAUAGACAUGUUUAAUGUAGAAGCGCUGGACGCAGGCCGCUACCAAUCGAUCAACAUGGAAAGCAUUGGGGGAGGCCUAUGUUCAGCAGUGGACGUCCUGUGGCUGAAAUGAUGAUGAUGAUGAUGAUGUUUAAUGUAAACUCAAUUACAUAAAUUGUAUCUGUGAAGCUUUCCUGAUAUAAAUGAUAUCUCCCAAAUAAACCGCUACGACCUCAACACGAGAGAUACUAAAUAUUUCAAUAAAACAUAUCAUAUUUAUAUUAAAUUGUAUAAAAUUCUAUUGUAUGGGUUAAAAUCCAACUAGACAUUCGUGUCAAUUACAAUAAUAAAUAGGUACAUGCUUGUACCUAUAGUGCGAAAUAUUAUGAUGCUGAUGAUGACGUAUGCAUGUUGUGAUUUUAUUAGAUACGAUUUCUUAUACGAAAUAAAAUAUAUUGUUUUUUAAA